ACGGGAACGGCCCAGCGGCCAAAGGAGCUACGAACGGCCCUGCUCACAUGACGGGUUCCACGAGGCCUGGCCGAGCGGUGGCGCGUGUGCCUGGAAUCACGGACGCGUCCGCGCCAAGCGGAUGUGUGACGCCUGGACCCAGGGGCACCAGAGGCAACAGGCGACGCCCCCGCAGACCGAAGGGCGCGAAGAGCACAGGGAGAUAUAAAUCCGGAGCAAAGGGCAGAUCCGAGAGUGGUAUGGUGCACAGACAUCCGACAGGAGCAGAGACUGGCCUCAGCGUUGCACCUGUGACAGGGGAAGUCAGUUCAAGCAGCCGAACUCUCAGGUUCACAGAUGGGGCGGCGGCAGCAGGUCACGUGUUCCUGCUCACGCCCGGGACCUGCCCGGAGACCGUCAUGGCCAGCGAUACGGGCGCACCAGUGAGGAGGAACUGCGCUAUUCAAAUACCUCCUACCAAACGUGAAUCGGAUGAAAUGAGUAACAUUAAUUAUCAAUUGUGUCGAGCACGUUCCGAGUGGCCUCUGACCCCGCUUUCAGACACCGAAGUCACUCGGGGGCGUUUAGCCUCCGUGGCCCGAACGUGCGAGAACGAGCAGCAGAUCCCGUCAUUCCCCAGGGACGGAGAGCCAAUUCCUGCGGAUCGAGUCAUCUGCCGUGAGGACGUGGCCGAGGCUGCGAGGGGGGCAAGCGCGGGCGGGCACGUGCUGGGCCUCACGGGCAGAGCGGGGCAGGCCAGCGUCGGCGCUUCGGUGGCGGCCUCUGGCAGCUGGAUGGCGGAGCUACCGCCUCGCCGAGCUCCCUCACCUCAGUGUCCCGCUCCCCUACGCGCUAGUCACCCUUGCCACGAUUCUGCGUGGACUGCAGCUUCCUGCCACGUCUCUGUCAUGAACUCUCUCGCGCCCGAGCACUCCCGAGUGACAGCCCAUGACACGCCGCCUGACGGCCACCCUCCGCCGCCCGAGCCGCCUCCAGCUGUAACGACAGGCGGCGCUGGGGAGGGCGAGAAGGCCGCGCCUCUCAAGGCAGAAAAUGCAGCCAAAGGACACUCACACUUCAUGCUAGGGACGACGUGUGGGCGCGGCCAAUGGGCGCCCGGGCUCAGGGAAGACAUCCGCGCUUUUGACAUCUACAAAAUCAGUGGGGGUGUGUGCGAGACCCACGUGCCCCCCCUCCCCGCCCUCCCCACCCAGUCCGACACUGACACCGACACCGACGAAGGCUCGCUCGGGCAGGUUCCGCGGGCCCUCAGGAAGCGGAAGAUUAAUGCCGAGAUGCGCGACGGAGUGGAGAGGAAAAGGUGCAGAGAAAGCGAGGACGAAGAGGACGAGGAAGACAAGCUCAGACUCGAAGGCGUGACGCUGCUGCUGCCCUCGCCCCUGCAACUCCACAGUGACUUCAACAAGCCGAAACUUAGUGCUGAUGCCAGUGUCGCUAGAACGCUCUCGUGUCCCUUCCUUCCCCAGGAGUUGUGUCCCCCUCCCAGUGCCCCACCCUCUGCCCCAACCAUCGUUCCUCCACAGCCUCACCCCUGAAACCUCCGCCUGUGACGCCGCGAAGUGGCUCGAGGACGGUCCCGCCCCAGCCGCCCCCAGCGCCGCCUCUGCCACGACGUCUUCUGCCUCCGCCGGCGGCGCCCCCGCGACGCUCCCCUCUUCGACAAGCCCCAGCUUGACCGCCACAGCAGGCUCUGCUUCCAGCACGAGCCGAGCGUGUUGCGGCGCCCCUCCCCUCGCCGCGUCGCCCGGCGCGUCGUCCUCCGGCUGUGACGAUGCCGACGACACUUCGAGCGAGGACACCCUAAGUGACGACGACGACGACGACGGGGCGUCCACUGUCGUGCCCGAAGACUUUUGGGACGAAACGGACUCCGACAUCGAAGUCCUUGUUCAGUCGGAAUCUUGGGUGGACCUGUCCAAUCAGCCCAGCAGUCCCGACCGCGUGACCCCGCUCCCUUUCGGCAACGGCGAGGAGUACUUGCGUCUCCUGAGGGAGGCUCAGAAAGACAGCAAUCAGUCCUCCGCCAGGGUCUCCCUCGCCUCCUCGCGCCGUGACACGCCGAGGGACUCUCCUCAUGACUCGCCAAAGUCGCCUCCAAACAGUCCUAAUACAGAAAUGGCCACGGAUCCUGAGGAGGCUGCCGUGUUGAAAGGAGUCUAUAUAAACUAUUAUAAUAAGGAGGGCGACUUUAUCCGCGUAGAGAAGAAUACUGAAACAGAUUGGAUUUGGGAUUGGAGCAGCCGACCAGAUCAGACUCCACCCAAGGAGUGGAGGUUUAGUCAUCCUCGAAAGGGCGUCAGUCGUGGUGCUAGUAUUCGUCGGGUGAUGGUAGGAAAUUCGUCUCUCUUCUCCCGAGAUGUGCUGUACACCCUCCUCAUCACCAACGUUCUGUCCCUUAUCCUUGGUACUGGUAUUGGGAUCUGGCUAUCAAAACGUUCAGGUAGCAAUGUGAUCUCAACAUUACCCAUCAAUUGAUCUCUGGUUAGCACUAAUAUGCACUUGGUCUCCUCAUACUCAUGUAGGGACCUGUCAGGAAUUACUUGUGCAAUUUUGUGUCUCAUUUGAGGUUCUCCAGCAUCUCUUGUGAGGAUGCAAAAUGGCUUCUUCAUUUUUACUGUUCCGGAUUCUAGAGAUUGAAAACAGAAGAGGAAUGUAAUUCAUAAUGUUUUUAUAUAAUGACAAAUUACUUUUGAAUGUAUAAUGUCAUGCGGUGUAUGACUUGAAAUUCAUUGUAACUUCUAAGUUUAAUUUUUAUUUGUACAGGAUCCAGGAUAGGUGAGGCCUGUGGGUUGGCUAGUAUGAUUUGACUAAGUGCAUGUAAAAAGGCCUAGGCACUUAAGGGGGAUAUCAAGUAGCCUGAGAUGUGAGUAGGCUUUUCAAGGAAUUGGUUAGAUGAUUGAGCAGAAGUUAAAUGUGUAUCUUGGGCUUUUGCUCACAUGUGAACCAACAAGCAAUCUAAGGACUUUUCUUUUUUAAUAAUCAGUUCCAGGCAUAAUUUUUGCAUUCUUAGGAAUAUUUAUGAUAUUUUUUAGAAGUUGGAUAACCUUAAAUUUUCCCCUCACCAAAAGAAGGGAGAAAAAUCACAAGAUUCUUUUGUUUUAUUUUCUCUCACAUCUAUUCAAAAUGGAGUUUGUAUGCAUUAUUACUUUUUAUAUAUCUUUUAUAAAUAUUAGUGCUAUAUUCUGUGGUGAAGCUUCUUUUUCCACAUAUUUCUUCUUUUCUUUCUUUUAUUUUUUACUUCCUGUUUGUGCUUUCAUAUUUCUACUGCAACCACAGUAGCAAGAUCUGUACAAAGGUAUUUGGGAAGUAGAGCAGAUAUCUAGUCAGGUGACGGCAGUAGCGUAAUUCAUCCUUACCUGCAGUCUGAAAUGAUGUGCCGAGUCUUUCAAAGUUUACAAUUUGAAAAGGAACUGUAUAUCUUCCAUAAUGCUGUUACUUCCCCUGGUUAAAGGCCACAGCGAGAUGGAUGGUAUUUGAUGCUGAGUCUUUAAAUGCCAUUCUCCCAGGUCUCAUUACCAGGGUAGGCAGUACUGAUGACAGGCAGAGAAAAUAGUGUGUGUGAGUAGAUGGGAGUGAGGAUGUGUGUGUAGAUAGAUGAUGCAGGGAUGUGUUGGGUUUACAUACUGAGAAGAUAGAGGAGGAAACAUUGAUUUUUAUGUAGACAUGGAGGAUAUGAUUACACAAAUAAAAUGCAUUUUAGAAGUUGUCGGUAAAGAGAUUUUGCAGAGAAGAAUGAAUUGUUUAAGACCAGAAGAGCAUCAAAGCUUAUACAGCAUUAAGAGUUAGGAAUGGUAGGCAAUGGGAAGCUCAAGCAUCACAGUAGUGGUAAGAUCAAUAUAGAUUAAAUACAUAUUUUGUAUCUUAGUGACGUCUAAUAAGUGUCUUGAACCAAUGCUCGAACACGGGAUAUAACAUUUAUUUUCAAUACAUUCUGGAAGUAAACACAGAAAAUUAUUGCCAGCUAGCUACUUACAAAAUUGGAAGCCAGCAGUUGAGUCGCUCUCAGAAACAAGACUGAACUCUUUCAUUUAAGGUAACUGGAAAAGAAGGAAAAAUAUUCAGAGGAAAUUUUCUUUGACAAUACCUUUUGUUAUAUUAUUUAAGGUAAAGGGGAGCUAUAAUAGCUUCCUUCUUAAUUAAGUCUCUUAACUCUUUUCUAUGUAUAGGAAAAAAUAAAGAGAACCAGGAAGAACCACCUGUCAACAUUCAGUGGUUUUGGGCUGUGUUGGAGGACCUCUGUAUGCAUCAGUACAGUCAUAUCUAGCUGUUACUACUUUAGCUGCAAUGCCUGUCACUGGUCUGUCUGGUCACUUUUUCAGGAUUUAACUUCUUACAGCUGGAUGUGAUUGUGCCAGAAACAGAGUCCAGUAAACUUUUUCUUGCAACAGUCCGUUUUGAAAAGGUGUUUUUGUUAAAUUUUUCUGUGAUAUAAAUAUUACAGUAAAAUCUUGAAAAAAAGUUCUUAACAUAUAUUUACCUAGAUUUACCCUCUUGUGGCUGUACAGUACUUGUUUUGUCUGUACAAGUUUGUGUAAUCUAUUACUUGUUUCACAAGUAUAUGGAACACAUUACUUGUUGUAGGUACAAGUAUUUGGAACACAUGGCUUGUUAUAUGUACAAGGGUGUGUAACUUAUAACUUGAAAUGUCUUCAUACCUGCUACCAUCAGGAGGUAUAGUUCUUGUUUAUGUGAUGGAUGUACUUUAUAUUUAUUCCAAAAAUUAAGAAUAUGAAUGAAAGUAAAGUUAACAUUCACUACAGAACAUACCAAGUGCCCACUGAUUGGAGAGCAGUGCCAGACACCCAAUCUCCAGCUUUCUAGUUUUGUAAUGCAGUCAGGAAAUGGCCAAAUAUACAAAGAUUAUCA